AUGUCCUGCUGCCUUUGUGGACCUCCCAGGCGCCCCCCGCGGUUCACGUGUGACCGCGUGGAUGCGAGAGCUCACCACGGCGCUGAGCCAAAAUCAGAUCAGAAUCGCUGCUCAUGUGACGGUCCCGUCACCUGUCAGAUUAUCCAGUGGGCUCAGCCCGUGGGUGCCCCGCAGGACCCCAGCUCCAAGCUCAGCUGGAACCGAGGCUCUUUCAGUUUCUGGCUUCACGCGUUGCUGCCAGAGCUGCUGCCAGCCAUGGAGGAGCCGGAGGAGCAGCCGCCCCGCGAGGCCGACACGGAACCCGUCGUGACUUCAGGGGCCUCAGAGGCGGUGCCCAGGGUGCUCCCCGAAGACCCCCAGAACCUGUCCGACGUGGAUGCGUUCAACCUGCUGCUGGAGAUGAAGCUGAAGAGGCGGCGAGAGCGGCCCGACCUGCCGCGCACAGUGACUGAGCUGGUGGCCGAGGACGGCAGCCGCGUGUACGUGGUGGGCACGGCCCACUUCAGCGACGACAGCAAGCGGGACGUGGUGAAGACCAUCCGGGAGGUGCAGCCCGACGUGGUGGUGGUGGAGCUCUGCCAGUACCGUGUGUCCAUGCUGAAGAUGGACGAGCGCACGCUGCUGCGCGAAGCCAAGGAGAUCAGCCUGGAGAAGCUGCAGCAGGCCGUCAGGCAGAACGGCGUGGCGUCGGGGCUGAUGCAGAUGCUCCUGCUGAAGGUGUCCGCCCACAUCACCGAGCAGCUGGGCGUGGCCCCCGGCGGCGAGUUCAGGGAGGCCUUCAAGGAGGCCAGCAGGGUGCCGUUCUGCAAGUUCCAUCUGGGCGACCGCCCCAUCCCUGUUACCUUCAAGCGGGCCAUCGCCGCCCUCUCCUUCUGGCAGAAGGUCAAGCUGGCCUGGGGCCUCUGCUUCCUGUCGGACCCCAUCAGCAAGGACGACGUGGAGCGCUGCAAGCAGAAGGACCUGCUGGAGCAGAUGAUGGCGGAAAUGGUGGGUGAGUUCCCCGACCUGCACCGCACCAUCGUGUCCGAGCGCGACGUUUACCUAACCUACAUGCUGCGCCAGGCUGCCCGCCGCCUGGAGCUGCCUCGCGCCUCCGACGCCGAGCCCAGGAAGUGCGUUCCCUCCGUGGUGGUGGGCGUCGUGGGCAUGGGCCACGUACCCGGCAUUGAGAAGAACUGGACCACCGACCUCAACAUCCAGGAGAUCAUGACCGUGCCCCCGCCGUCCGCCUCGGGCAGAGUGUCCCGCCUGGCCGUGAAGGCCGCCGCCCUGGGCCUCCUUGGCUACGGCGUCUACUGGACGGGGCGCCGUGCCGCCAGCCUGCUCCUGGCCCUGCCCGCCGCCCGGCACUGCCUGCAGAGGCUCUCCCACGCCUGGCCGCACAAGUAG